AUGGAUUAGUAGGAUUAUCACAAGAUUGACCCAACCAUCAUUGAAGACCCUAUGUUGGAUGAUGGAUACACUAGAAAGUUCGGUGCCUACAAACCCAAAUUCCAUGGAACAACUCCAGGCUAUUACCCAUUCGAAUGCAUUGAUUACUUUUAUGUUGUGUUGAUGACUCUCUUUACUUGGGGAAUGUGUUUGCCCAUAUGGUACGGAUUAAUUGAAGCCGCCAAGGGAAAUUCGAAAUAGUAUGCAAUUGUGUGUGCAGUGGUCUUUGUAGGAUUCUAUGUUAUUCAAGCCUUGGCUACAUACUAUGGUGGUAGAAUGAAGAAGGUCAUUGAAAAUCAAAUGAUCGAGGAUAAAUUAAAGGAGAUGUAACAAAAGGAACUUGAGAAGUAAAAACUUCUAGCAGCCAUUUGAAUAUUAAUUAUAUUACAAACGAUAUUCAUUGUCAUUAGU